AUGGGAUUGCCUGAUUAUGCUUCAAUUCUGAUCGUAGCAGCCCUGAUAGCUGCACUUUUAUUCUUCAGUCUCACCAUGCUUAGUUGGUGUACCUACAGAAGUAUUGAUCUUAUACAAUCUAUUCCAUCCACAACAGCAAACUUACCUCUUGAUAACAAGCUCCAAUGCUGCAGCAAAAGCCUAGAGUCUCAUUCCAAGACAUUCCAGUACAAAGUUGCAGAAACUGUACAAGGCACUGAUCAGACAGAAUGUAUCGUCUGCUUGACACCCUUUGAAGAAGGAGACUCUGUGAGGCAGCUUCAUAGCUGCAAACAUAUCUUUCAUAUGAUUUGCAUUGACACUUGGCUUGCCUCUCAUUCUGCCUGCCCUUUGUGCAGAAACCAGAUAGACCAUGUGCCUUCUCCUCCAAGUGCCACUGAGGAAGUGUCCCCUCCAAUAAGGUCUCUGGCUUCAGAGGAAAAUGGCCACAAUCAGAUUAUCUUGUUCCUUGUCAGCUCCUGA